GAAGCUUGGUCUGAAAAUGGACCGUAUCUAAAAAAAACCAAUCGACGUCGUAUUCUGAAAAGCACACGAUCAUGGCGAUGCUCAUGGCUUCAAGGUUUAACAGUGAUGCUAAGAUCGCUUCUCGAUUCCUAUCAACACUCUUGAGAAACCAAAGAGCGAUAGCCUCAUCAUCUUCAUCCAUUGCAUCCGCAUCUUCCUCCUCUGCUCUCUUCCUUAACCCGUUGACUUCCUCUACUCUCCGUCACUUCAGAUCCUCGCCGGAGAUCUCUUCUCUAUCCUUCUCCUCUCUAACGACGAAGAGCCAGCAGAGUCGGAGUUUUGGAGAUGUCUCGAAGCGAGAUCCGUCUGUUAAGCGUGAGAUUGGAGCUGAUGGACUCAACAUCGCUGAGAAUGUGUCUCAGCUCAUUGGGAAAACUCCUAUGGUGUACUUGAAUAGUAUGGCAAAAGGUUGUGUAGCUAACAUUGCUGCUAAGCUCGAGAUCAUGGAGCCAUGUUGCAGUGUCAAGGACAGGAUUGGGUACAGUAUGAUUACUGAUGCUGAGCAAAAAGGAUUCAUAUCACCUGGAAAGAGUGUUCUUGUGGAACCUACAAGUGGAAACACGGGUAUUGGACUCGCGUUUAUCGCUGCUUCAAGAGGCUACCGACUUAUCUUGACAAUGCCUUCAUCCAUGAGUAUGGAGAGAAGAGUUCUCUUGAAGGCCUUUGGAGCUGAGCUUGUGUUAACAGAUCCUGCUAAAGGCAUGACUGGUGCAGUUCAGAAGGCUGAAGAAAUCUUGAAAUCAACUCCUGAUGCUUAUAUGCUCCAACAGUUUGAUAACCCUGCCAAUCCUAAGAUCCAUUAUGAGACUACUGGUCCUGAGAUAUGGGAAGAUACAAAGGGAAAGGUGGAUAUAUUCGUUGCGGGGAUUGGAACUGGUGGGACUAUCACUGGUGUUGGUCGAUUCAUUAAAGAGCAAAACCCCAAAGUGCAGGUUAUUGGUGUGGAACCAACCGAAAGCGACAUACUUUCUGGUGGCAAACCAGGUAAGACUCGCAGAAUCACAGACUAUACAAUCAGUAAUGUGGUUUUCUUGGUUUUGAACUAUGGUUUACUAUUUAUGUUCUUUACAGGACCUCACAAGAUUCAAGGGAUUGGAGCUGGAUUUAUACCUAAGAAUUUGGAUCAGGCAAUUAUGGAUGAAGUCAUAGCGAUUUCAAGUGAGGAAGCUAUAGAAACUGCAAAGCAACUAGCUCUACGGGAAGGCUUGAUGGUUGGAAUAUCAUCUGGAGCUGCUGCUGCUGCUGCAAUCAUGGUAGCAAAGAGACCUGAGAAUGCAGGGAAACUCAUUGCUGUUGUUUUCCCGAGCUUUGGAGAGCGAUAUUUAUCGACUCCUCUGUUCCAGUCGAUCCGGGAAGAGGUUGAGAAAAUGCAGCCUGAGAUAUGAACAAAAGCAAAUAUUUUUCUUCUACUGUUAGUGUUUGCCUCUUGAGAGUGCUAAGCCAUUCUUGCUUAUCAAUAAGCCAAAUAGUGCAACUUGUAUUAUUCAACAUUUCUAUCAGAAAUCCCCAAUGGGUAAAAUUAGAUACAGUUAAACAACAUGAAUUAUACCUCUAUAAUUUUUUGUUAAUCAAUAAAUUGUAGCCGAAUAUCUACGUUA